CCAUGUUCAUUGCAGAGGCUUGUGGCAACUCCUCCAAAGACCUUCAGCAUCAUGAAUCUGUGGCUCAGCUGUUACCUCCUGUUUGUGGGGCUGGUUCUUGGCAGCUCGGCUCCAACACCUGAGGAAUGCAAACCGCUAGUGACGCCACGGUCUCUGGAUGACCCUUCUGUGAUGUACGGCAGGUUGAACUUCCUGGUGGGCUACACAGGUCAUGAGGUUUACAAGGAGAUGCUGAAGCUAACCGACAGCUCCUGGGUGAACACUACCACCUCGCCGUCUGGCUCUGGUGAAAUCGUCAUGUCGCAGGAGAACAGGAUGAAUGGAACCUGCCUUGCUUCAGAGGCAAACAUGACCAUCGAAGGAAACACUGCCAGGGUCGAAGUGACCAACGCCGUGUCUUCAUUCCACUUGCUGCCCAGCUGUGAUGGCUGUCUGGUUUUCAUGAUCAACAGCACAACCAGAAACAUCAAACAUCUGCUGAAGUUAAUGAGGCUCAACCUGGAUGUCGGCGAUGUGAUCGAUUCUCGUUCUGUUUAUCUUCUGUCCAAAGAGUCGGCCCUGAAGGAGUCGGAGCUGGAACAUUUCAAGCAGCAGGCGAGCUGUUUGGGCUUCUCAGGAGAUCCGGAUUUCAUCUACAACCCUGAGAAAAGUUUCUGUGCUAAAGGUGAAGGCAUCAAGAUCUCCAUGUAGGGAACUCACCUGCCAUCAGAAACCAAAACAUCACCUGAGGAAAUAAAAAGAUUAAAUAUUU